AUUAAAUUUCUUUUUUACCGUUUAGUCAUGAAAUUAAUAGUAAAAAUGUAGAACGGAAUGUUGAGGAGAAGAAUGGUUGUAUCUAUGGUAACAAAACAAUAGUUACAUUUUAUUUACUAUUUCUAACUAGUACAAUAAAUUUCUAAACUAUGGAUUCUUUUCCUCAAAAAUUUAAAAACGAUAUAUUAGUUUUAAUACCAAAAAAACAUAGAAAAAAAUAUUCUAAACUAAUCAAUCGUAUUUUUCAUGAAAUUGAAAUUACAUAUAUAAAUGAAAAGCAAAGUUUAGGAAUUAAAAAUACUGUGUAUUUCGAGAAGGAUCAUUAUCCAAAAUUAAUAACUAAUUUUGAUAGUUAUAAAUUAUACAAAGGCAAAUUUAUAAAAAAUCGUAAUCUUCUUAUGAAAAAAUAUUUUCUUUCUCAUGAAAUAAUAAGAAAUAUUGUUCACACAGCACAGUUAACACUUCCCAAAAUUAUUUGUGAUCUUAAGAAAUAUCAACAUUGUAAAAUAAUAACCUUAUCUCAAUUACAUAGUAUAUCCAUCAAGGAUAUUAAUAGGAAUGCUUUAUUUAUAACGAGCAGUUUUUAUAAUGAAACAUAUAAAGCUAUAAUGGAUGCAAAAACAUUAAAAAAUAUGCCUAUAAAACGUUUAAUGCAUUUUGUACAGUGUGUAACAAAUGUUUUUACACAGCAGAUAAUAUUGAUAAUGAUAGAAUCAAUUGAUAAUAUAAUAAGUUUUAUGGAGAGUAAAUAUAGUUGACCACAAAUUGAAAUUAAGCUUAUCUAUGAAAACAAUCAGAUUACUUUAAAACCUAAUAUAAAAGAUUUAUUUUAUGUAUUCCAUGAUAUUCUUUCAAAUAUUGAAAAUGUUGCUCAAGAAUUAGUUCCAUUUGAGAAAUGUUUUAACAUAAAAACAAAUCAUGAAUAUAUUAAGAUCAAAUUACCACAAUGGUUUGUUGAAAGUUCUUACAAUAAAUUACAAAUGAGACUAGAAAAUAUGUUUCAACCAAUAAUAAGUGAUCUUACAACUAUUAUUGAUCAGUUUGGUAUUAUAUGUGAUGGUACAAAUGUAAAGGAAACAAUUCAAUUAUUAAUUUCACAAAAGGUAGAUUUUGAUGUUUGUCUAAUUGAAAUAAAAAAAUAUAAUAUGUAUCGUGAUGCUGCAAAGUCAAUGGUAAAAAACAUGUAUUAUGAUAUAGGUCAAUUAAAUCAAGAACCUGUAAAAGAAGCAUUAAUAAAAUAUUGCUCUGAAAUAAUUGACAUAUUUACAAAGGAAUUGGUGAACUAUCAUCUAACAUACAAUCAACUUAUUUGUUCUGAAUUUGAAAAUCUUAAAACAAAGGCUUUAAAUGUACCUAAAGAUGCAAAGAGAUUAACUGAAUUAAUUGAUUAUAUGUUGCAUGAUUCAAAAGUCUUAGUAAAGGGAUUGAAAGAAAGGAUAUAUAAAUCAACAGAAAUGUUAAGUAUUCUAUUAGAAAUAACUACAUUAACAAAUGAUCAUAUGAGAAUAAAUAAAGACACUAUAAGAUGGUUGAAUUUAAUACAACCUAUAUUUGCACAAAGUAAUAUUAUAUGUGAGGCAAUUAAAAGUGAUUUUGAAGAUGACCUUCAAAAACGGAUAAAUACUUUAAAUGUUGAAGUAGAUAAUCUCUUUCCAUAUCUUAUUAUUUUAGAUAAUAUGGAUGAUAUUAAGAAAGUUCAAGAAUAUUCUGAACAUUAUGAUGAUCUUAUCAGAAAAGUCAAAGAAAUAGAAGAUCAAGUUAUCACGAUUAAUGCAGAAGAAUCAUCUUUUAAAUUUCCAGAAACUGAAUUUCCAAGAGUUGUUGAAUUAAAAGAGAUAGUUAAUCCAUUUUAUUGUCUUGUUAAUGUUAUUUGUCAAUGGCAGAGAGAUAAAUCUAUAUGGUUGGAUGGACCUUUUGAGUAUUUGAAUCCUAGUGUGAUUAAGGAAAAGACUGCAGAUUAUUUUACAAAAUUUACAGAGAUGAAUAAACAAUUCAAGUCACAAAUUAAAAUGGAUGUUACAUCAAAUAAAUCAUUUAAGUUCUCUGGAAUCACAGAUGACCCAGAUCCUAUGCAACAACCUGCUCCACUGAAACUAUCCUGGCAAGCACUUAAUGAUAUUCAACAAUUUAAAGUUUAUAUACCACUUGUAAUGUGUGUAUGUAAUCCUGCACUCAAGCAACAACAUUGGAAAGAAAUGUCUAUUAUAUCACAGUUUGAUCUUACUCCAAAUGCUGGAACUACACUUCAGAAAAUUAUUAAUUUUAAUCUAAUAGAAAAUAUAAAGAAAUAUGAAAUUAUAAGUACAAAGGCUACUAAAGAGCUUUGUCUUUAUCAACAAUUGUCAGAAAUGCAACAAAUGUGGUAUACAAUUUCAUUUGAAAUAGUUUAUAGCAACAAAACCAAAUUGUUUACAUUCAAAAAACAAGAUGAUAUAGACAGUCUUCUUGAAGAUCAUUUCGUAAAAAUAGAAGAAAUGAGAGCAUCUCACUUUGUUGAAUCUAUAUCCUCACCUCUUAGAGAUUUUCAUUUUUCUCUCAAAAAGAUACAAGAAAUAAUAAUACUUUGGUUUGAGAUACAGAAAUACAAAAGUUCUGUAAGUUCAAUAUUUUAUAGUCAAGCAACAGAAACUUAUUUAUUCCAAGAAAAUUCUUUAUAUAGAGAAGUGAAUAAAAUAUUGGAAAAUAUUCAAAACAGAAUUUCAGAAAAUGCUACUUUUUAUACUAUACAGAAUGAUUCUGAUAUAUUGAAUAAUUUAUAUGAUGCAAAUAUUAAAAUGGAUCAGAUAAUAAAAAGUGUUCAUAAUUAUUUAGAUGGUAAAAGAUUAGAGUUUGAAAGGUUCUUUUUUUUAUCAGAUAUAGAAAUUCAAAACAUAUUAUUUGAGUUAGAUAAUACUGAUAAAUUGCAGUUAUGUUUACAAAAAUGUUUUCCUGGUAUCAAAAAAUUAAGAUUUGAUAAAACUUAUAACAUCUAUUCUAUUUUGGGAGAUUGUGAUGAGAGCCUUCAACUCAAUACAAAUAUUAGAAUAAUAUUUAAUGGUGAACAAGAAUGGUUAUGCACUUUACAAAAAGUAUUAAAAAAUAUAAUCUGUGAGAAUUUACAACAAUGUUAUUUGCAUUUUGAAGAAAAGGAUGUAUGUGAUUGGAUUACAAAUGUACCAAGCAUGGUAAUAAUUUGUAUUUCUCGUAUUUAUUGGACAUCUUUGGUUCAAAGUUGUUACUCACCUUUUAAUUUAUUAUUACUAAAAACAGUUUACAAAAAGUAUUUAGAAUUAUUUACCAGUUUAUCUAAUCAAGUUAAAAAUAAUAUAAUGCAUCAAGAAAGAAAACUUUUAAUGUCAUUAAUAAUUAUAACUGCUAAUCAUGAAGAAAUUAUUAAAUUAUUAAUAGAAAAUAAUGUUAAUUCUUCUACUGACUUUAACUGGUUGGCACAAAUGCGUUAUUACUGGACUGAAAGUGAUAUAAAAAUUUCACUAUGUAAUGCUACAGUAAAUUAUGGCUAUGAAUAUAAUUAUUAUCAACAACAUUUAGUAAAUACACCAUUAACUGAUAGAUGUCUUCGUACAUUAAUGGAAGCUUACAACUAUCAUUUAUAUGGGACUAUUAUUGGAUCAGUGGCAACUGGCAAAACAGAAACUAUUAAGUAUUUAAUAAGUUCUCUUGCAAUGCCUUAUUAUAUAUUAAACAUGAAUGAAAGAUUUACUUACAAAUUUAUAUUAUAUGUAUUGAAAGGACUUAUUUCUUGUGGAACAUGGAUUUGUUUUAAAAACUUAGAUAAACUGAAGUUAAGUGUACUAUCUGCAGUUACACAAACAAUCGUGAAUGUUCAUCAGAUAACAUCAACAAAUUUAAAAUCUGUAAUGUUUGAAGGAACCAAAUUAAAUUUAAAUCCAAAUGGAAAUAUUUGCAUUAUUAUGAAUGUGCAACAUACUAAAUAUUAUGAAUUACCAGAUAACUUGAAAAUACUUUUUCGUACAAUUUCUAUAAUAAAACCAGAUCUCAGUCAAAUAAUAGAAAUAGAACUUUUAGCAUCUGGUUUCUGCAAUGGAAGAGAACUUGCAGCAAAAUUGAUUGUAAUUUAUAAAUUGUUAUCAGAACAAUUAUUAGAUAGACCACAUUAUAAAUUUAACAUGUGCUCGUUGAAAACAAUUAUUAAAACUGCAAGGAUGUUAAAAAUUCAUUUUCAAACAGAAGAUGAAAAUGUUUUAUUGCUACGUUCAGUAAUUGACAUAAUUUUACCAAUAUUCUGUAAUGAGGAUAUGAUAAUUUUCCAAAAUAUAAUACAUAAUAUAUUUCCUUGCAUUAAGUUACCAUCUCUCAAUUAUGAUGCAGUUUUAAUGGCUCUAGAAAAUGUAUGCAAAUCAAGAUCUCUGCAUUUUCAUGAAAUACUGAAACUGAAAAGUUUACAGAUUUUUGAAUUAAUGCAUGUUCAACAUGCUCUUAUACUUGUUGGUGGUCCACUUACAGGAAAAACAGAAAUGUUACAAAUUCUUGCAGAUACUUUUUUAUUACUGCAUAAAUGGAAAGAUAAUAAUGGUGCAAAAGUUACACUAGAGAUCAUAAAUCCAGGAGUCAUUAACAACAAUCAAUUAUUUGGUCAAUACAAAAGAGAAUUGAGUUUAUGGGAGGAUGGUUUAUGUUCUAAAAUAUUCCGUACCUUUGCAACAAAUACUUCAUCAGAUAAAAAGUGGUUGAUAUUUGAUGGAUCCUUGAGUGAUGUAUGGGUUGAAAAUUUGUACACUGUAAUAGAUAGCAAUAAAUUGCUUCAUUUAAUCUCUGGAGAAAGGAUUUUGAUGACACAAACAAUGUCUAUAAUAUUUGAAACUAUAAAUUUAGUAAAUGUAUCUCCAGUUAUUGUAUCACAUUGUGGUAUGAUUUACAUUGAACCACAAUCUAUUGGUUGGAAACCAUAUAUAUUAUCUCAUAUAAGUAAAAAUCAAAUGUAUAAUAAGUAUGAGAAAAUAAUGUAUUCAUUAUUAAGCUGGUCAUUAGAUGCUUGUCUUCAGUUCGUACGUUUGAAUUGCUCAAUGACAAUAAAUGUAGGAGAAUUACAUCUUGUGACAUCAACAUUAAGCUUAUUUGAAAUGUAUUUAAUAGAAGCUUGUAAUGAACAAUUAGAAAGAAAAGAAAAUUUAGAUCAUUUUGUUAUAUGGUCACAAGCUGCUUUAAUGUUAUCUUUAGUAUGGGUUCUUGGAGGAAAUUCAUGCACAGCUUUUCAAAUAAAAUUUAAUGAAUUCUGUAUUGCACUUUGGAAUGAUGCUCACAAAAAAUAUCCACGUCCACCAGAAAUUAAAAAUUAUGAUAUUGCUUUGCCUACUGAAGGAUUGAUACAAGAUAAUUUAUAUAUUUUUAAAGGUGUAGGUAAUUGGAAACAUUGUAAUGAUUUAUUGAAAGUUGAAAUAAUAACAGAUAUGUGCAAUUUUGAUCAAAAGUAUGUUCCAACUCUUAAUUCUGUUAAGUAUAGUCAUUUAUUUCUUACACAUAUCAAGUAUUGCAAACCUUUUCUUAUUUGCAGUAAUACUACAACAGGUAAAACUGUUUUUUUACAGAACCUGUUAAAAAAUAAAUUAUCAAAGCACAAAUAUUUAACAAAUACUUUUAAUUUUUCUUCUCUUAGAACUGCAGAAAAAGCAAAGUAUUUAUUUUUGUCAUAUUUAAGUAGAAUUAAAAAAAAAUACUAUACUUUACCAGAAGAUAAAUAUUGUUUAAACUUAAUAGAUGAUUUAAAUCUAAAUACUGACGCAAAUAUUGAUUCAAAAUCUGUGCUAGAAUUAAUACGACAAUAUUUUAAUUAUGGGUAUUGGUAUGACACAAAAAUACUUGAAAAAAUUUUCAUUACCAAUAUCAGCUUUUUAUUAACAAUAACUACUGGUCAUGACAAACAUAAUAUUUGUCCUAGAUUCAUGCGACAUUUUAAUGUUUACACAUUCCCUGAACUUACAACAGAUAACAUAUAUAAAAUAUUUUCUAAUAUGCUUUUAACUAAUUUAAAAAAUAAUCUUUUUAGCACAGAUGUAUUAAAUAAUGUAACAAGUAUAACAAAUGCUACAAUUGAUGUUUACAACUCAAUAUUCAACACCUUGCGUCCAAUACCUGCCAAAGUGCAGUAUUUAUUUAAUAUUAGAGACAUAUAUAGAGUGAUAAGUGGUUGUAGUCUUAUCCAAAAAGAAUCAGUAGAUACAAAAAUUAUAUUCAUUCGUUUGUGGGUACAUGAAACGCUGCGUGUAUUCGGUGAUCGGAUUUCAGAUGAUGAUGAUAAAGAGAUCUUAUAUCAAAGUAUAAAAGAAGCUGUGAACAAAUAUUUUAAAGAUCCGUUUGAGUCUGCUUUUGACCAUUUGUUGAAAUUUGAUAACAAAAUUACAAAAGAUAGUCUAAAAUAUCUCCUAUUCUGUAAUUUUAUGGAAAUGGAGAAAACUUCACCCAAGUAUAAAAAAUAUGAAGAAAUAAGUUCUAUGGAAAUAUUGAAGGACACAAUUACAUCUUACAUGAAGUAUUAUAAUAAUAGUAAUAAUGAAAAAAUUAAUAUUGUAAUAACACAACAAAUUUUAAUAAAUCUAGUACAAAUUUGUAGAAUAUUAGCAAUGCCUAGUGGAAAUGCAAUAAUUAUUUCUACUGUUAGAUCUGGUAAAAGAUCAAUAACUAAACUCGCUAGUUAUAUACAAUUAGAGCAAAAAUUCUUUGAACCUACUAUGGAUUCGUAUUAUAAUUUUAAUGUUUGGAGAGAAGAUUUAAAAGAAAUAUUACGUACAUGUGGAGAAUCUCAAAAAAAUUGUACGUUUUAUCUUACUGAUAGACAAAUGAAGAAUAUAUUCCUUCAAGAUAUUAAUUGUUUAUUGAAUACUGGUGAAAUACCUGACUUGUUUUCAAGUGAAGAAAAACUUAGUAUCAUAGCAGCAACACGUAUACAUGCUCAAAAAGGUGAUCCAAAUGCAGAAAUAAAUAUUUCUGCUGUAAUGGAUUAUUUUGUUCAGCAAUGUAAAAAUAAUUUACAUUUUGUACUUGGUUUUAGUCCCAUCAAUAAUACAAUGAGAAAAUAUUUUUACUUAUAUCCUAAUUUAAUAAAAUACUGUACAAUAAAUUGUUAUGAUACAUGGCCAGAGGAUGCUCUUGUUGAAAUAGCUAGAAGUCAUAUAAAAACUAUAGAUAUUCCAGAAAAUAUAAAGGAUAGUGUAAUAAAAGCUUGCAUAAAUUUUCAUAAUGAUGCAAAAAUAAAUAGCAUGAUGUACUUAAAGGAUAAUGGAAUACCAAUGUAUGUUACAAACUCAGCUUUUUUACAUACUGUAAAGUUAUAUACACAUUUAAUGACUAAGAAGCAAAAAGAAAUUAUUACUACCAGAAAUAGAUAUAUGACAAGCUUAGAGCAACUUGAAAUAGCAGCAAAACAAGUAGAAAAAAUGAGUAUGACAUUAACAAUUCUAAAACCCGAAUUAGAACUAUCUGCUCAAAGAACUAUAAAGACAAUGAGAGAAGUUGAAAAUGAAAAUUUAACUGUAGAGAAGGCUACAAUCCUUAUAAAAAAAGAAGAAGGAAUUGCCAAUAAAAAGGCAGAAAUUGCUGGAGCUCUCAAAUCUGAAUGUGAAACUGACCUUGCAGUAGCUAUUCCUAUUCUUGAAGAUGCUGUUUUAGCUUUAAAUACAUUGAAACCAACUGACAUUACUUUAGUCAAAGCUAUGAAAAAUCCUCCUGAUACUGUAAAGUUAGUGAUGGCUGCUGUUUGUGUUAUGUUAGGCAUAGCACCAGAUCGAGUCGUUGAUCCUAUUAGCGGAAAGAAAAUUACGGAUUAUUGGGGUCCAAGUAAACGUAUUUUAGGAGAUAUGAAUUUCUUACAAAAUUUGAAAGAUUAUAAUAAAGAUAACAUACCAUCUAUGGUUAUACAAAUUGUUAAAAAUGUUUACAUGACUGAUAAAAAUUUUGUACCUCAUAUUGUUGCUAAAGCAUCAAGUGCAGCAGAAGGACUUUGUAAGUGGGUAAGAGCAAUGGUAUCUUAUAAUGAAAUUGCUAAAGUGGUGGCUCCAAAAAAAGAAAAAUUAGCAACAGCUCAGAAAGAAUGUGACGAAGCAGAAGCAUUUUUAAAUGAAAAACGUCGAACUCUUUCUAAUUUAAAUAUAAAGUUGGCUACUCUGAACAAUAGCCUCCAAGAUACUUUACAAAAAAAAUUAAAAUUAGAGGAAGAAGUAAGUAACUGUACAAAGAAAUUGCAAAAAGCAGAAAGUUUGAUUGCAAGUCUUGGAAGUGAAAAAGAACGUUGGUUACAAUUUGUAUAUAAUCUUCAAUUAAAUUAUGAUAAUUUGGCUGGAGAUAUGAUACUUUCUUCUGGGAUAAUAGCUUACAUGGCUCCAUAUAACACCAAAUAUCGAGAUAAAAUGAUAGAGAAAUGGAUCAAGCUUCUGCAAAUUUUAAAAUUACCAUACUCUAAAUCUUAUGAUUUUGUGAAUAUACUUGGAGUGGAAUUUAAAAUAAGUUCAUGGUAUCUUAGUGGCUUAUCUAAAAACAAAUUUUCCACAGAGAAUGCUAUUAUUAUGGAGAACUCUAAAUUAUGGCCUUUAUUCAUUGAUUCUCAGAAUCAAGCUAAUAAUUGGAUUAAAGAAAUAGAGAAAAAAAAUGGUCUUAAAGUUGUAAAAUUCACAGAUUCUGACUAUAUAUCCAUCAUACAGUAUAAUAUUGAAAAUGGUAAUCCAAUUUUGUUAGAAAACAUUGGAGAAGAACUUGAAGUUGCUAUAGAUUCACUGUUGUUAAAAAAUAUUUAUAAAAAUGGAGAUGAUUGGUAUUUAAAAAUUGGUCGAACUAUCACAAAGUAUUCACUCAAUUUCAGAUUGUACAUCACAACAAGAUUACCUAAUCCACAUUAUUUACCUCAUGUAUAUAAUAAACUUAUUGUAAUAGAUUUUUCACUUUCUUGUGAAGCUCUUCAAGAUAAACUUUUAGAUAUAAUUAUUGGAAAGGAAAGAUUAGACCUCCAAGAACAAUUUGAAAAUAUUUGGAUAGAAGAUGCUAUCAAUAGGCAAGCUCUUAAAUCACAAGAAGAUAAAAUUUUAAAUACAUUGUCAUCUACCAGUACAAAUAUUAUAGAAGAUGAAAAAGCUAUACAGAUAUUAGAUUCUUCCAAGACACUUUCUUUGGAAAUAAUAAGAAAACAAGAACAAGCUGAAAAAAUGAAAAAUAAAAUAAAUAUGGUUCGAAGUACUUAUAUGCAAUAUACUAAUUUUUGUGCUGGAUUAUUUACAACACUUAAUGCAUUAUCAAACUUAAAUCAUAUGUAUCGCUUUUCAUUCAAAUGGUUUAUCCAAUUAUUUACACGGUCCAUCCAAGGAUCAAACAAAAAUAUUCCUCUUGAGAAACGGUUGAAAUUAUUAAAAUAUUCAUUUACACAAAAUCUUCAUUCAAGUGUCCGUAGAUCUUUGUUUGAAAAACAUAAACUCGUUUAUUCAUUUUUACUAUGUUCUAAAAUUUUAUUAGACAAUAAGCAAACAACAGAAAAAGAAAUUAAUUUUUUUUCUGUCACGGACAUAGAGUAUUCUAAUAUUUCAAAUUUAUACAAAGCACCAAUUUGGUUAUCAACAAAGUUGUGGAACAAAAUUUGUUAUAUAAAUGAUAACUUACCUAAUUUUCAUGGUCUUGCACAAGAUAUUUCUUCUAAUGUAGCUUGGAAAAUAUAUUGGACCUCAGAUCAUUUAGAAACUCAAACAUUACCAGAUCCAUGGAAUGAAACUUUAGGCCCAUUUCAAAAUUUAAUAUUAGCUAAAAUUGCAAAGCCAGAUAAAAUCAUUUAUCAUAUAAUAUAUUUUGUGGAGAAUUAUUUGGGAAAAAUGUUUAACUACUCAUCUGAAUACAUAAUAUCACAAUCAUAUGCAGAAUCUAGUUGCCUUCAUCCGCUUUUAUUUAUUUUACCAACCUAUUCUUUGCCUCUUUCUUUUCUUUCUGCUUAUGCAAGUACCAUUGGUUAUUCAUCAAAAUACAUCUCUCUUUCUAUGGAAGAUACACAGCAAAAGAAAGCAGAAAUACUUAUUAAAAAAGCACAAAAAGAUGGUGGAUGGAUAUUUCUUCAAAAUUGUCAUCUUGCUGUUCCAUGGUUAUUUCAGUUAGAAAAAAUUUGUGAAAAUUUUAAUGCAUCGAACACAUCUUUAACUUUUCGAUUAUGGCUAUCCAGUUAUUCUAUUAAUGAAUUUCCUAUAAGUAUUUUGCAAAACAGUGUGAAGAUAACAAUAGAUGAUCCAAUUAAUAUUAAAGAAAAUUUAUUGAGAUCUUUUCAAUCAAAAUCUAUAAACAAUAAAAAUAUUUUUGAUUGUUGUCCUGGAAAAGAAAAAAUAUUUAUAAAAUUUCUUUAUGAACUGUGUUUCUUCCAUACAGUUGUUAAGGAAAAAAAUAACUUUGGACUGCAGGGUUGGAAUAUUCCAUAUGAUUUUGAUUAUUUUGACUUUGAAACAUCCAUUAUGCAAUUACAAAAUUUAAUGAACAAGCAUGAAGAUAUAUCAAUUGAAGCAAUAUCAUAUUUUAUCGGUGAAUGUAAUUAUGGUGGAAAAAUUAUGAACAAAUAUGAUCAAAGAUGUAUAAAUUAUCUCUUAAAUUAUUAUUGCAAUGAUAAUAUAACAUAUUCACAGUACUUCUUUUCAAACAAUCCAAAAUAUCUAUUGCCUCGAAAAUGUGAAUAUAAUGAAAUAAUAAAACAUAUACAAAAUAUGUCAAUAAAUCAUUCUGCUGAAGUAUUUGGAACGGAUGAAAAUGCUAUUGCUUUCAGAGAUGUUAAAGAAAGUACAGAAUUUCUAACAUAUAUGUCUUUAAUGAGUUCUAUGACCUUAUCAAAGAUUGAUGAAUUUAUAGAAGCUGAUAAAUUAACUAUAAUCAAUAAUAUUGAAGCUGAAAUAUCAGAUAUAUGUAUCGUUGAAAAUGUAGAAAAUAUUUAUCAUUCUAUACUUUCAAAUCCAUUGAAUAUCGUGUUAAUAUAUGAAAUUGAAUUACUUAAUAAAACACUUACCGAAAUGAGAAAAACAUUGACAGAUUUAAGAUCAGCAUUUAAUGGUGAGAUUAUAUUAAGCAAUUAUUUGGAAGAAUUAUGGAAAUUAAUAUACAAUGGUCAAAUUCCAUAUAUCUGGAAAAAAGUAGCCAAUAAUAUGGAAGCUAUAAACCUUUCUGAAUUUAUCAGUUAUUUAGUAAAGAAAAGAAAUUUUAUCAAAGAUUGGAUUAAAAAUGAGCGUCCUUAUUUGAUACAUUUUGGUGCAUUAUCGUAUUGCAAAAUGUUCCUCUCUGUUUCAAAACUUAUGUUUUCGAGAAAACAUAAUGUUCCUAUUAAAAAAAUUUACUCGGACUUAAAAAUAUUGACAAUUUAUGAACCAUCUAAGAUUGAACAAAAAUUUAAUGAUAAUUUUUUUAUUUAUGGAUUAUAUUUAAUCGGUGCACAAUGGGAUUCGGAAAAAAUGACAUUAACAAACAGUGUACCUGGUAUGUAUCGUAACGACAUGCCCAUCAUUUGUCUUAAAUUUGUCACAAAAGAAAUAAUAUUACAAAACGUGUAUAAAUGUCCUGUGUACACUAUUUGCGUGGAAAAUAACAUUAAAAAAUCAAAUGCAAAUUUUACACGCUCCAACCAAAUGCGAAGCUUGCAUAUUCAUAUUAUGACCGUACCUUUAAAAACCAAUAUAUGCGUUGCACAUUGGAUAAGACGUGGUACAGCAUUAUAUUGUUAA